AAUUGUUAUAGCUGUAUAAAUAAAAAAGUUACUUUCUUCCGAGGUCUUGCUCAGGCUACAGUGGGAAUCGGAAGCAAGAACAAUUUCUUUUAUCAGGCAGAGCACAGCGCUUUGUCUGAAUGAAAGCCGCCCCCUCACAGGGCGGCAGCGGCCGCGCAGGACAGCGCCGUGCCGGCAUCCCGCGCAGUAAGGCCUGCCCCCGCAGCCGUGCCGCCCGCACCCAACAGUGGGCGCGUUCCCGCAGCCCGGGGCCCUCCCUCUGCCUCUACAGCGCUCGGCCCUUCGUCUGCCUGCGCCGUUUCCUGCAGUAUCCUCGGCGUCGAGCGUGGGUACCACCGCCCUCCGCCCUCCGUUCGGCGCAGAGCCCCGCAGGGCGUUCUCCCGCCUCGGUACGGACCGCAGCGGAGCGCGCGCGAUCGGAACGCGCCUCAGAGCACCGAUCCGCCGACCACGGCCGGAUUCGCAGCGGGCGGGUAAGGCCCAAGGGAGCCGCGCUGGCUGAAAACGGCGGGGAAGCUCCCGGCUGGGCUGAGCCCCAGGGCCCCGAAGAUGCGAAGGCCGUUCUCCCGCGGUCCGACACGGGCUCGCCCGGCUCCCAGAGCCGAACGGUGACGACGGCGCCCGAAGGAGACCGGCCCGCCACAGGCGGCCUCGGCGCCUCAGCAGCCCCGCCGUGCCGUGCGGCGAGGCGCGUGCGCAGCCCACUCCCCCCUCCCUUCGAGGAGCCGCGGGGAGCGCGGCACGCAGGCGUAGCGGCUGGCGAGAGAGAGCGGCCGCCGGUGGGCGGGGCCGGCCGCGGGGACGUUGCAACUCGUCGGGGGCGGCUGCGGCGCCAUUUUGAAUCGGCUGCGGAUCGGAGGCAGUGGCUGCCGAGCGCGGCUCCGCACCCCCCGAGAAAAGCGGGGAGAAGGGAGCGAGGGCUGAGCAUGGCGGCAAAUCGGAACUUGAAGCAAGUGCGGAUCGAGAAUAGCUCCCCAGCGGCGCCGCUGGGGAUGGUGGGGGGCGGUGGUGGCGGCCUGAAGGGGCUGCGGGGCCUGGAGACGGAGAACGAGGCGGCGGCCAUGGCGCUGGUGCCGGGCAAGGAGGGCGGGGAUGAGGAGCAGGAGGGCGGGUUCACAAUCGACAUCAAAAGCUUUCUCAAACCCGGCGAGAAGAGCUACACGCAGCGCUGCCGCCUGUUCGUGGGCAACCUGCCCACCGACAUCACCGAGGAAGAUUUCAAGCGCCUCUUCGAGCGCUAUGGGGAGCCCAGCGAGGUCUUCAUCAACCGGGACCGCGGCUUCGGCUUCAUCCGCCUGGAAUCUAGGACACUGGCCGAAAUAGCAAAAGCAGAACUUGAUGGUACUAUUUUGAAGAGCAGACCACUUCGAAUUCGAUUUGCUACGCAUGGAGCUGCCCUAACAGUCAAGAAUCUUUCACCCGUGGUUUCUAAUGAGCUGCUGGAACAAGCAUUCUCUCAGUUUGGACCUGUGGAGAGAGCUGUAGUUGUAGUAGAUGAUCGCGGCAGAGCUACAGGAAAAGGUUUCGUAGAGUUUGCGGCAAAACCUCCGGCACGGAAAGCUCUAGAAAGAUGCAGUGAUGGUGCAUUCUUGCUAACAACAACACCUCGACCUGUUGUUGUAGAGCCAAUGGAGCAAUUUGAUGAUGAGGAUGGGCUCCCAGAGAAGCUAAUGCAAAAAACACAACAGUACCACAAGGAAAGAGAACAGCCUCCACGUUUUGCUCAACCUGGAACAUUUGAGUUUGAGUAUGCUUCACGUUGGAAGGCUCUUGAUGAGAUGGAAAAGCAACAGCGUGAACAGGUUGACAGGAACAUUAGAGAAGCCAAAGAGAAACUAGAGGCAGAAAUGGAAGCAGCUAGACAUGAGCAUCAGCUAAUGUUGAUGAGGCAAGAUCUCAUGCGGCGUCAGGAAGAAUUGAGACGUUUGGAAGAACUUCGGAAUCAAGAACUUCAGAAACGCAAGCAGAUACAGUUGAGACAUGAAGAAGAACAUAGACGGCGUGAAGAGGAGAUGCUACGCCAGAGGGAACAGGAGGAAUUGAGACGGCAGCAGGAGGGAGGAUUUAAGCCAAAUUUCAUGGACAAUAGAGAACAGGAAAUGAGAAUGGGUGAUAUGGGUCCUCGUGGAGCAAUUAACAUGGGAGAUGCGUUUAGCCCAGCACCUGCUGGUAACCAAGGCCCUCCUCCAAUGAUGGGUAUGAAUAUGAACAACAGAGGAACUUUGCCUGGCCCUGCAAUGGGUCCUGGUCCUUCCAUGGGACCAGAAGGAGCUGCAAAUAUGGGAACACCAAUGAUGCCAGAUAAUGGAACAGUGCAUAAUGAGAGAUUCCCUCAAGGAGGUCCAUCACAGAUGGGCUCACCUCUGGUUAGUAGAACGGGCUCCGAAACUCCUCAGCCGCCCAUGAGUGGUGUAGGUACCGUGAGUGGUGGACCUGGUGGCUUUGGUAGAGGAAACCCAGGGGGCAACUUUGAAGGACCUAACAAGCGUCGCAGAUACUAAAACUUACUUCAUUCCUUGCUGUUAAGAAAUUCCAGUAAACAUAUACAGUGAUAUGCCUUUAUAAUUUUAGCUGUUAUCUGGAAACGGUUUUAUUGUUACUGUAGUCUUUAAAACAGUUUCUUUUGUAAAACUUUUUUGUAUUCGGUCAUAGGCUUUGUAGUAUAGUGCAGAAAUUAUGCAGAUCAUUAUGUAAGGCAAUGUGUUUGUGACUAGCAAAAUACAGUGUGUGACUAUGCUGUAAAACAUGCGGUUAUCUGAUGACAAUAAAAUAUAAAAUUCACUUGAAAGGAUUUUGGGAAUGUUAUUACAAAUACUGAGUGAGAAUAAUUUUAUGCUUGGUUAUAAGUGGCAUCGUUUUCAUUCUUCGUAUGCAGUUUCUGCUUGUGUGUCGAAAAUUCCGUUCGUAGUGAAUCUGUUCAGCUUGAAGUGCAUGUAGCAGUACAUACUAUGAACAAUUUACAUUGCAGCUGCUUAAGUUUGCUUCAACUUCUGAAGACCGUAAAGUUUUAUACAAAUUGUUCUUAUGAGGAUACUGUGUCUUUUUAUCUCAGCUUCCCUCUGCAAACUUAGUCUGACAGUGUCUGUCCUUACAAUCACUGGAAAAAUUUGAGAGAAAAAUAACCUCUGGAAAAGAAACCUGUAUGUUUACUUUGUUCACAAUGGAAUGGAUGAAUUUAUCUAAGAAACAUUGUUGUGAUGUGUUCUAAUGAUUGUUAAAGUAUCCUGGCAUUGCAAGGGAAGGAAGCAUUUGUGCAAGCUUGUUUAAAGCCUUCUGAUGUAUGAUGUAUCACUGUAGGUAUACAUGAGUACUUACUUCUCCCAGUGGUUGACAUGAAACAAAUCUGUUAUAACAAUUAACUGUUAAUUCAAAGACAAGUGUUCUCUGCUGAAAUGAUUGUUCACUCAUAGGUAGAGCAUUCAUAUGCUUCUAGAAGGACUGCACAUUAGUAUAUGAUUCUAUGAUUCUUGACGUGGUUUUACUGAACAAUGAAUUUGGAAAACACUCAUUUUCAACAUUUCAGGCUAGCUUUGCUGAUCAGGUCUUAAGAUGGAACUAAUGAUAAAACUGCUAGGAAGCUUAUAUUCAAACUUCAUCAGUCGUGGAAGGUGAUGGAAAAGGCCUAUUGGUUCUAUUCCCAUAAUGGCAAGAAAGCUGGGAUGUUUUUUGGUUAUACUACUUUUUUUUUCCUGUGAAAGUAUUAGUGUUCUGUUUUUAUCUGUUCGCUUCAUGUUUUCACAAGUAGAAAAGAUGAAUAUUAUUUGCAUGAGUAGUGGUAUUAAAUUGAUUCAAAACUAAUUUGAGGUAAUGUUGUUCCCUAAUAAUAUAAAGAUGAUAUGUAUGUAGCUCGAAGCAUGAGAUGCAAGCAGCAGAGAGCAUGCAUGUAUUAUGUUCUAAUAUAGCGGUGAUGGUCUUGGUAAACUGUGAAUAAAUAGUAAUGGGAAAGAUGCAUUACUGACAUCUUGGAAGCACACUGUUUAAAUUGUCAGUGUUGUAUGGCCAAAGAUAGAGAUUGUUUUCAUGGAAUUUAAAUAUUACCAUAUUCUUUAGAUACUCACUUGUGGCAUUACUAAGCAUUUUCCUCUCAAUCAUCUCUAAUGUUGCCUUUUUUUCUGCUCUCAUUUAGAUGCAUGCCACAUCUUUAUAGGUUGUAUUGCAAUAGUAAGAUAGAUUCAAAUUCUGAAAUACUGCUCCCUCCUUGAUACAUGUAUCAUAUUAUAGUGCUCAUUCUUUACAAACAAACAAAAACCUUAUAACCGAUUUUACUAACUAUACUGUUCCUAAAACUGAACGUUUGGGAAAACUGCUACUAUUCAUUAGGUGUGCACAAGUAUUGGUAGCAAAUGCUUAAGCUUUCUGCUUUCAUGUUCUGCGUUCAGUUGAAAAUACAGUUUACUAGUGUGUGUAAGUAUUAGAUUACUUACAUCCUAUCUCAUUAGGCCUUGUUUUGAACAUGAUGUUUUUAAUGGGGUUUGAGAAAGAUAGUAUUGGUCUGAGUUAUUUGGUAAUUCUAAACUGCAAAAACCCUAAAAGGGAACUUGGCUCAAAUAAGGUAACCUGUACCAUGUUUAUGAGUUUUGUUCUGUUUUUUUUUUUUUUUUUCCAAAGAAGAAAACAGUCAUUCAGAACUUUUAACCGACUCCUGUAUAUUUCAGGUGUGUGUAAACCACCAUCCCUGUAGUGUCUGAACAUGUUUCAGGAGCCCAGAAAGCAUACCAAACCUGCAGAAGUGGUUUGUAAUUUCUUAGCCAGCCACAGACUAUUUUAAGUGCAUGUACUUGUGCUGCAUUUUUUUGUUUGCAAGCCAAGAUAAUUUGAAGAUUACUGUAGAUUUCAAUUGAUACUGGUGGUUUUCAUUCUGUAGUUGAGAGCCAUUGUCAGUGUAAAACUGUGGUCUGCUAGUGUAAAACUGCUGCAUGCUAGUGAGUUUGUCUGCUGCCCUUAUUGCAGAAAAUCGUCUAAUCCAUGAACCAAGCCUUUAAGUUCAGAAAAAUACUGAAAUGCUGCAUUUGGAUGCAUCUAAUGAUUUAAUGAAUCACACAGAAUGGCCCAGGUUGGAAGGGAGGGACCUCAAGAAGCUCCAACCCCCCUGCCACAUGCAGGGCCACCAACCUCCCCAUUUAAUACCAGACCAGGUUGCCCAGGGCCCCAUCCAACCUGGCCUUGAACACCUCCAGGGACGGGGCAUCCACAGCCUCUCUGGGCAGCCUGUUCCAGCACCUCACCACUCUCUCUGUAAAGAACUUCCCCCUGACAUCCAACCUCAAUCUUCCCUCCCUCAACUUAAAACCAUUUCCCCCUGUCCUGCUGUUAUCUACCCUUUCAAAGAGUUGAUUCCCCUCCUGUUUGUAGGCUCCCUUAAGGUUCUGAAAGGCUGCAGUGAGGUUACCUCACAGCCUUCUUUUCUCCAGGCUGAACAAACCAGCUCCCUCAGCCUGUCUUCAUAGGAGAGGUGCUCCAGUCCCCUGAUCAUCUUUGUGGCUCUCCUCUGGACCCUCUGGAUUUAAUGAAUUCCAUCUGUAGCUAAUGACAGGCUCCCCUGUCUCUAAGAUGAGUUUUCUAAGCAUUAUCUGGCCAUAGAAUCAACAUGAUUGUAUACUGCUCAGCAGCAAAGACAGUGUUUUUCAUUUUGCCAUAUGUGGUAGUGAAUGUAGCUGUACAAUGAGUAUAUAAUUUCCUCAGGAAUUACAGAAUUAGAAUUUUUUGCUAGAAGAUAAUGCCCAUGCACUCAAAGCGAUUCAUUGAGAUUAAAAGGAGUUAAUCAGUUUUUCUGUGCAAAGAUGUGCUUGGAUUUUGAACUCCUUGGUAUGUUAGACUGGAAAGAACAGUGAGGUCCUGACGGCUGUGAUCUGUGACAGUGCGGAUAAGCUUGGAAGAUGUGUGAGACUGAGAAGAUUGUUUCUUUUCUUUGUAUUUGGAUUCUUAGGUUAUUUAUAAAUUCAGUGUAAAAUGUGAUUUGAUUUCAGUACAUGCAGGCAGUAAAGCUUUAAUAUUCCAUAUAAAUAAAACCAAAUAAAACCAAACAAAACCAAUAAUGCAAUUCCUCAUAGAACACUACUGUGUAUUCUGUUUUUAUUGGAACAAAAUGGAGCACGUUUGGGAAUAAUGAAAAUCACUCUUUGCUCGUUUAUUAGCUUGUCAUCCAUGAGCUCCUGGUGUUUACAGUGUGACAGCAGUAGGUGGCUGCCCAGACUGGGGGGAAAAAAAAUUAUUCCUGGUUAAAUGUUGACAAACAUUCAGAGUUGUCUGACGUGGCUCAGUGCAUUUUUCCUCUAAAUAUUAUGUGGGCAAUUGAUUUAAAAUAUUUGAGGAACGCUUCUCUUGAAUACUCUUUAGAAAAUUGUUAGGAAUUUUUUUGGUUUUGGUUUGGUUUUCUUUGCUGGUGGGUAUGGGCAUUCAUUGCUGGGAUGAAAGGAAAGCAAUGAGAGCUACUGAAACACUGUGAGAAGCUGUUACUGCGGUUCAGCAGCAUUUUCAAAUGGUCCAGCUUGUUAAUUGCAUUUGCGUUUAUUGCCAUGGUCACUUGAAGAACAGCAAAAAAGUUGAUUUGUUUAUAGCUCUUCAUUCCAGUGUGCUCAUUACGUAGAGCACUUGGAUACCUUGGGAAGCUCAGUGGUGUUUCAUAUACUUGAACUGCAUUUAUUUUGUAAGAACAUCAUUAAAAUUGCUGUGAAUUAUCUAACUGUUCUUCAUUGUGCGCUCCUGUAUUCUACGCAGUCGAACCUAAAGGCACAGUAGAGUGAGGACCUUCAUGAGGACGGGGGUUGUAACAAAUGGCAAGGACACAGUGAGAAACUAAAUACUGCAUGGACUUAAUUUUAACCGUUAUCUAAUAGAAGUUUAUAGCACAGACUCGUUGAGUGGUGUUCUGAUCUGAAGUAUAUUCUCAUAUUUUCAAAUUUAUACCUAGUUAAUUUUCCCUUUGUUUUUUUCUUUAUUACUUUAAAAACAGAACAGUAAUUGGUGGUUCUUUUAAUAAAGGAACUACAUUAAAGAUGUACAAAGUUCUAGGAAGUGCUGAUUAUUAACCUGUUACAAUCUUCCUGUAGACAAUUGCUCAGUAAUGCUCAAGUAACUGACCUGAGGGACAUUCUCGUGUUAUUAAAAAAAAAAUAAAAUAAAAUAAAUCCACACAGCAACAUCACGUGUUUUUGGUUUAGAUAUUCAGCAAAGAAAUAGUGUGCUCUGAUGCUGUGAGGCUCAAUUUGUUUAUUUUUUAAGUUGUGAGAACUAGUUUAUUGGCAUAUAUCUUAAUAAACAUAUUUUAACAAGUUACAUGAUAAUUCCUUCUCAUUUAAGAUGACAGGUAUUAAUAUACAGCAAGAGAGAUGUUGAAAUAGAAGGGUUGGCCAAAUGGUGACUGAUGAAGUCACUUUACAUUGAGCUGUAGGUGUGAGUGGAUUCCGAGUUCCAUUCCUGAGGUUUGGAUGGUGCAUUGCCAUGCAUCUUCUGACACAGUCUGCAGCUGUGAUGCCUGUUAGCUCAUGCCUCACACUGAGACUGUGGGACUUGAGAGAGCAUUUGAAAUAAGUGUUAUUUCAUUGUGUUCUUUGGGGUUUGGUGCUUUCUUUGGUGCAUAGGCUUCUGGCACAGUGUGGUAUCACUCCAACUUCCAGAUGUGUCAGUAGUGAGGAGGCAAUGAGUGUGGCCCUCAAAAAUCAGGAGCUGGACAUUGGUCUGUGAAAUUAUUGGUUUAUAUGAGACUGGACCAUCCCCAGAGCGUUUGUUCUCAUUAAAAUCAAUUUGAUGAAGCGUGAGAACUUAAUAGCAGGAGCGAUUAAGAACAUGUAAUGCUGAGUCAUACGUAGUUUUUCCCAUAGAACUGGCAGUUUGUUGCCUUUUGGAAUGUGCUGUAAAAUAGACAUAGGUCGUCUCCUGCUUUGUCCUUCCUCUGCUGUGAAGAAAUCUGUUGUGUUGUUUGUUUGUUUCCCGAAGAACAUUUUGAAAAUUGUAGUUAAAGGCAUUUCAGGUUUGUUUUGUUUUCAUAGUCAUCUGCAAAAUACUGAAAUUUAUUAAAAAAAAAAAAAAAGUU